AUGUGUGAAGAUCAUUUGAAGCACUUAAAUGAAGUGUUGAGCAACAGCAUUCCUUCUAUGAUAAAGCUUCCAAAUGUGAUUGGGUUGACAGAAAUUUUGUAUUUGGGGCUCAAAAUUGGUGCACAAGGAGUUAGUGUGGAUGAAGAGAAGCUCAAAGCUAUCCAAAAUUGGCGUAGACCAAGCAAUCUAACUCAGCUAAGGGGAUUUGUUGGGCUGUGCAGCGACUAUAGAAGAUUUGUAAGGGUUUUUUCACAACUUGCUGACCCCCUAACAAAUCAAUUAAAGAAGGGAGCAUUCGUAUGGACUCCAACAGUUCAACAAGAUUUCGAUAAGCUCAAGGAGGUAAUGAGUUCAUACCCCGUCUUGGCAAUUCCAGAUUUUUCACACCCUUUUGUUUUGGAAUGUGAUGCUUCAGGUAAAUAG